CCACCAGAGUCGCAGCCACGUCCCCGUACGCCCGAGCGCGAACGUCGCUCGCCGCAACCCGAGCCCAUCCAGUCUAGCAAUUCGCAAUCAUCCUCCGCAGACUCCGCCCCCACCAGCUCCCGCCGCAACUGGAUGCCUGCAGCCGCACCGCAACCCUCUCUGAGCCAAGUCUCCUCAGGUUCCCCCAUGCCCUCCCCUCGGCAACAGCCCCUGCUCGCAGCGCCCACACCCAUCUUCGCGCCGCUCUCUCCAGAGAAGAUCGCCGGCCCAUCCCGCUACGCCACCCUUUCUCCUCGCUCUGAACGUUCCCCGGCCCAGCGCAACGUCCAGCUCGCACCCGCACCUGCGCCUGCCCGCCCACGCCCCGAGCGCCGCCCCCUCAGCAGCGCCGGAUACCACACGCGCUCAUCCACCAUGGAGAACGCCCACCUACCAGGAGGUCUGGGCAACCAACCGAUGUCUCAGUCGGCGCAUGGCGUCCGCGGACUCAGCUGGGACGGCAGCCGCAGCGGGCUCGCACUGCCGAUGGAGCAGCAACCACGCCCACCGAUGCCGCUCCACGGAUCCGGAGACGCGGCGCGCGAUAGUUACAUGUCGACGCCCGCAAUGCCCGUGCUUGACUACGUCGUGCCAGUUCAGCCCGGCAACCCAUCAAGUCCGGACCCAGACAAGGGCGGAACGAUGUCUGCGUAUUCGGUGAGCCUCAUCCAUAUGGACGGAGCGCCUUCCGGAGACUGACGGGUUAUGCCCAUGGGGAGGCGAAGGAAAGGAACAUCGAAACGAGGCUCGGCCCGACGCUUACGCACGCGAGGGCAGAGCUCGCGAGGGCACAAGCGAAAGGUGCGCGGGUCGUGCUUGUUUGAGGCGCGAUAUGCAUGUGACUCAUGGGAGCGCAUAUACCCAGCGAAGAUGAGCGGGUACGCGUUGAAUGCGUGUAUUGGGGCGCAAGUCAUUCUUGGUGCGCUUACGACGGGCGUCGCGGCUGCCACGACGGGUAAACACGUGUG